AUGGACAAUAAUAUUUAUGCUAUUUGCUUCUGCAAGGCAAAGCUGCCCUAUAUUGCUGCCUUAUUUAUUAAUUAUAAUAUUACAUUUGCAGAUAUCUCACUGCCUCCAACUGUUGUAGACAACCAGAUAAGUGACACAACAGUACAUAGUAAUGAAGAUUUUGUGACAAAGGAUUGGGGAGAUUACACACCGCAAUCGUUGAGGACUCCGGUGUCACAAGCCCUCAGAAGUAAUGAUGAAACAGUAGUGAAAAACACAAAAACAACUGAAAAUAUAAUGAAACCUAUUGAGAAGCAGGCACGAACUCGCCAGGCCUGGAUUUCUUUAGAACAGCUGCAUAAAAAGAAGAUAGAAGCGAUAGACCUACAAAAACAACUGGCUGUAGAGGAAAUGGAAAGGUCAAAGGUUUUACAUGACCUAGAUAUUCAAAUUAAAAAACAAAUACUGAGGCAAGAAAAAAUCAAAACAAAUAUAUUACUGAUAAAGCGAAGAAGACUAUUAGCUCACAAAAAAAGCACAAUACUAUGAAUGUUUUUAUCCUUAAAAGAUGAAGAUGAUGCGUAUUCCAGCUAUGGGCAGGCCUCCUACUAGGUGGACCGACGAUCUGGUGAAGGUCGCGGGAAGAGCCUGGAUGCGGGCAGCGCAGGACCGUUCAUUGUGGAAAACCUUGGAGGAGGCCUU